AUGCGAGAGAUUGCCUUUGAUUUACUAGAAGGAGAAGAAGAAUUAGUAGCAGGUUAUCAAACGGAAUACUCGGGUAUCAAAUUUGGUUUAUUUUAUGUUGCUUCCUAUCUAAACUUAUUAAUUUCUUCAUUAUUUGUAACAGUUCUUUACUUGGGCGGUUGGAAUAUCUUUAUUUCGUACAUAUUCAUGACUGAAUUUUUUGAAAUAAAUAAUGUGGGUAGAGUCUUUGGAAUAAUAAUUGGUUAA